GUGUUCAUAUCAGUGUCUGAAUCAUACACCAACACUUUGCCUCGAGUACGCGAACCAUGGUGUACAAUACUUCACUGGAAGCUUAUCAGGAUAUCAUCAGGUUAGCUCGUCGGAUGGCCAGUUUUUGUGGAGUUGACCUCUUAGCAGAUAAUUACAAACCUAAUUGGAGAACAGCGCUCACUUUUGCGGGAUGUAUCAGCUAUUUGUUCACCAGCUGCUACAGUGCCUGGUACUAUUACCCGGAUGUAUUCAAAAUGCUGCAGGCUUUGGCUCCCAAUGGGAUUGCUUGGCAAGGAUGUCUGAAGCUCUUCAUCGCAGUGCAACAACGGAAGUUUUUUCAAGGGCGGGCAAAGUAUCUGGAGGAAUUUCAUCGGAUUCACGUAAAUCGACCUGAAGAUAAUGCCGUUCUCCUUGGGUUGAUGGUGAAGAUGCAUCUUGCCUGCAGGGUUCUCCUGUCGGCGUACAUUACGGCAGUUCUUGGGUUUGGUCUAUAUCCUGUGUACUUCUUUGUGAUGUAUGGAGAAAGGACAUUCGCAAUCAACGUGUUAGUUCCGGGAAUCGAUCCGGACUCCCAGUGGGGUUAUUUUUUGACUGUAUCCUACCAGAUAUUCCUUUUGUCUAUCGCCAUGGCUGGCAUUUCAGCGUUUGAUACCACGUUUCUGAUUUUUGUUUGCAACUUGGCCGGACUUGUGGAUGUUUUCAUGAACAAACUCAAGGAGUUAGAUAGGCUUUUGGAGAAGGAGAAGGCUGACUUGGCUGAGAUACGAGACCAUGUUCGGGAGAUAUUGAUAGAUCACUAUGGAAUCGUUAGUUAUGAAUCUGAUUUGGACAAUAGAUAUAUUGCCAUAAAUUUGAUGCAGGUUGGUUCAUCGGUGGCGUGCCUCAGUAUAUCAUUGUUUCUGUGUUACAUGACCAACUACUUACCAGGUUAUGCUUUCAUUUUGGGAGCCAUAUUCCAGCUACUUACUUAUUGUCUACUUGGAACCAUUUUCAGCGUAAAGAACGACGAUGCAAUUCUGGCAAUCAAUGGAACCAAAUGGUAUUUGCUGGAAAAAUCCCAACUUAAAAUGGUAGGAUUCAUGCUACAUAGAUGCCAAAACCCAUCCAAUCUAACUGUGGGAGGCUUUGCACCGUUAAAUAUUGAGACUUUUGUGGAGAUCAUGAAAACAAUUUACCAAUUCUUCGCUAUGAUGAUUAACUUUGUCAACUAGAUAUCUAGAUGUUGAAAUUAUGCUGCCACUGUUUGACUGUUGUUUUCGAAGAGAAAUAACAAAAGAUGUCCUCAGAGAAAUUCUUAUUAUUUAGAAAUAAAUUAGUAUCACGUAUUGUUUUCUUUGUCUUUCUAGAGAUAAAUGUAAUUUUUGGAAUAUACCAUCGAAGAACUUUGCCGAAGAUACCAACCUUC